AUGGCCAUCCGUAAAGACCUUAUAGGGGCGGUUAGGGUCGAGAACCGCACUGAUUUAGUAGACCACCCCUAUUUACAGGCCCUGGACAUAUGGGAAGCACCAAUAAUUAGCGGGCAUGCCCCCCGACGCACUAGAAUAGUCAACUGCUAUGAUGUGUGGAUUGGGGCCAGUUACCGGUGGCAAGGGGCCUUCCCUAGACGACGCCGGGCCAUCGAGGACGCAGACUGGGACCUGCUUAUAGUGGGUAGGUGCCUAUUAGUGGGUGAUUUCAACGCCCAUAGCCCUUCGUGGAACCCACUGGCCAAGGGCCGGGUUAACGCUGAGCCCUUGGAACAGCUUAUAGAGCGGCACUCACUAUAUGUUAAUAACCCACUGGGGGAGGCCACACGCUAUAAGAAGACCGAGGGGGUGUCAAUUAUUGAUUUAGCGUUAUCCUCGCCAACCCUAGGGCCUCUGCAAGCCUGGGAGGUGGAUAAGGAUAAGCCUACAACAUCUGACCAUGAGCUUAUCGUCCUAGCCUGGGAAGCCCUAGAACCCCCCCCAGGAGGAAUCUCCGGGGAGAUUACUGGGUGGCAGAUAGAAGCUCUGCAGGUAAACGAGGAAGCCCUAAAGCUGGCCACAGCAGCUUGGGCCUCAGAGGCUGUAGGCCACCCCCCUCUUAGUGAUCAAUGCACCGAGGAAGACCUUGCUAGAGAGGCCAAUUGGGUGCAGGACACCCUAACCAGCGUACUCGAUAGGCAUGCCAAAGCAGUACGGCUUUGUGCACGCUCUAAGCGGUGGUGGAAGCCAGAGCUGCGGCAAGCCCGGAGCUUAUGGGCUGCAGCCCGCAAGCGGUGGCAGGCCCAUGCCUGUACCGACACCGAAUUCAAGGCUGCAAGAACCGCUUAUUACCAUGAAAUAAAGGCGGCUAAAAGGACCUGCUGGGAGGUCUUCCUUGCUGAGGGAGGCCCUGGGGGGAAGGAAGAGUGGAAAAAAGGUUCGAACCCCACUGGGAACCCUUUUCCCAAAGGCCCUAGGGAUGGCCUGGAAAAGCCUUCUCCAGGAGAUCCUAAUAGGCAGCUAGAAGCAGCGGCAAAAGCUGCUAUUGAGUGGGGACUGGCAAAUAGCGUCAAAUUCGACCCUAAAAAGACAGAGGCCAUCCUAUUCUCUAGGGCCACCAGCAGGGAACAUAAAAAUCAGGUCCAGGAAGCUAGGGUGCAGGUAGGAGACGCUUUAGUGGCAUUCUCCCCAACAGCCAUCCGGUGGUUAGGGGUCUUACUAGAUCCAAAGCUUACCCUCAAAGCCCACUAUAAGUACCGCCUGCAAAAAGGUCAAAAUACUGAAAGACGAGUGCGGGCACUGUGCAAGGCCCAGGGGCUCCCCCCAGGCCUGGCAUGGCGAAUCCAAAAGGCCACCGCGCAGUCAGUGGCGCUUUAUGGGGCCGAGCUUUGGUGGCAUGGGCAAAAGAACUGCCUAGAAGGACUGCAGGGCCUAAUUAAUAACCAGGCCCGGGCAGUCACAGGCAUGCUGAAGUCCACCCCAUUAGGACCGCUUAUAAGGGAGGCAGCUUUGGAACCAGCAGAGGCCCUAUUAGAUAGUAAACAGCGGCGGUAUGCCCUGAGACUCCUAGGACUUCCCCAGGGGCAUCCAGCAGCAGAAAUACUCCCCAUAACGCUUAGGGAGGGAGACGCCCAUGCACAGCCUGGAGAGCAGCCGCUAGAAGACCGAGCUUGGGCAACACCAACCCGCCGAGGCCCCUGGAAGCUGGGCAUGGGCCUGGCCCGCAGGCUACGAGAGGCCUUGACCGCCGACCCCUCCCAGGGCUUUGAGCGUACAAUAGAGCCUGGUAAUAGGUCUAUACCACUAGAUUUCAGGAUAGACUCCCCUGAAACCGCUAUGCAAUUAGCCUCAGACCCCCUAAGUGGGAUAGGGAACACUGACCUUUACUCAGACGGUUCCAGGUUAGACGAUCAGCGCGUAGGCGCUGCGGUAGCUUAUAAGCCACUUAUUGGCCCCUGGAGGUCGCGCCUAGCUCCCCUGGGCGCAGGCUUCGAAGUCUUUGAUGCAGAACUAAUAGGAGUAGUCGAAGCCCUAGAGUGGGCGCUGGCAGAGAAUCUUAGAGGGCCAAUUAGGGUGUUUCUCGAUGCUCAAGCCGCUAUAGGCAGGCUUCAGCAUACCCAGCCAGGCCCUGGCCAAGCCCUGGCGCUGCGGGCACAUGAUCUAGCCAAGGAACUGCAGGCCACCGGCCGCAGGGUUACUAUAUGCUGGGUGCCAGGCCAUAAGGGGGUCCCAGGCAACGAAGAGGCCGAUAAAGCCGCCAAGAAAGCUGCGGGGAAGCCCCGAACAGGCAAAUACUCGGGCAUCUCACUGGCACAUGCUCAACGGGCCUGUACCGAAGCUUAUAGAGCUGCCAGGGCCAACUGGCUUGCUGCAAAGCUUGCAAAGCGUGCCCAGCGGGCAAGCCAGGCCUACUAUCCCCCCCGGGGAUGGAAGCUUGACCCAAUGUUGGCGAACACCCCCAAGCACCUAGCGCGGCGAUAUUACCAGUUCAAGACUGGCCACGCACCAAUUGGGGCCUAUUUGCACCGAAUUAAGGCCCGAGACUUCCCUAAUUGCUUGGGGUGCUCUAGGGGGACUGAGACGGUAAGACACCUUCUUACAAACUGUCGACAGUGGUGCCACCAGCGGGAAAAACUAUAUGCCGGCUUGGCCGAAGCGGGGGUAAAGGCCCUGCAGGAUAGCGAGCAGUGCCCCGAAGCACGCCUAUUCCAGGACCCAAAGGCCACUACAGCGCUGCUGGCGUUUAUAGGGGCCAUUAGGGAGCGAGAGGAUAACCAACAGGCCUGGGAGCAGGCCUAUAAGACUGAUAAUUGGGGCAUUGAGGCCCUGGAUGAGGGAGAGCGAGAGGGGGAAGGAUAG